AUAUUCAUUAUUUCAUUCAUUUCUACAGCUGAUAUUUGUUUGUAUUCGCAAUUUUUUUAAUAUUCUUAUUUUCCACAUUAUUGUAACGAAUCCAGCAUAUAAACAAUGGCAAUGUCGGCUCAUCGAGUGAAGCAGGCUGCUGUAACCGCUGGCCGCAUGCUGGCAUGGCGGGUACACGCUUACGGAGGCGUAGAUGAGUUGCGACUGGAGCCGGCACGGAAACCUGCCUUGAGGGCUCCUUCUGAUGUACUAGUCCAGGUGCACUCCUCCUCGCUGAACCCUCUGGACACCGCUAUGAUCGAGGGCUACGGACGCACAGCACUCGGAGCCUGGCGUAAACUGGAGGGGCUACCCGAAGACGCUCUGCCUCUGACUGUAGGCCGAGACUUUACGGGUGAAGUGGUGCGGGCCGGUCCAGACGCCAAGUACCGCCCCGGAGACCAGGUGUGGGGGGUAGUGCCGCCGCACCGGACCGGCGCUCAUGCUGAGUUUGUUGUUGUUGAUCAUGGCUUGCUAGGCCCGCUCCCAUCAACAAUGUCCGACAUCACCUCGGGCGGCGGUGGCGCCCUCUACUGCGGGCUGACGGCUCUCAGCGCGCUGCGCACGGGCGGGGUGGAGGGUGCGGGGGGCGCGGGGGCGCGGGUGCUGCUGUUGGGGCUUGGGGGGGUGGGGCAGGCCGCGCUGCAGUUGUUGAGGCAUGCUGGGGCGCAGGUGACAGUGGGUUGUUCGGCCGAGUGCCGCGAGGUGGCGCGCGCGCUGGGCGCCAGUGCAGUGCUGGACAGAAACGCUGAAGACUACAGCCGUCUGCUUGAGGAUCAUGGACCUUACGACGUAACCUUCGACUGCGCGGGCCUCGGCGGCGCUAUUCUACCAUCACUAGUGUCCCUCAGUCGCCGCGUGGUGUCGCUGACGUCGCCGGUUCUGCGCGAGACGGACGCGCGCGGGCUGUGCCUCGGCGCCGCCGCCGCCGCAGCCAAGCUCGUGGAGGAUAAUGUGACGGUGCUAGGGCGGACAGGGCUGGCGGGGGCGCCGCGCGCGCCGCCCGUGCGAUGGGCGUUCUUCACGCCCUCCGCCGACGGCAUACUGCUGCUCGGGAAACUCGCUGAGAAGAAAAAGUACGUAGUGAUCGUGGAAGACACGUACCCGUGGUGGGCGGCGGCGGAGGCCUACCAGAGACUGACGCAGGGGCAUCUGCGAGGGAAACUCAUACUCGACUUCACUGCCGACGCGCCUGCAGAAGAGGUCAAGUAGAGGUCAGGACACAUGGAUUAUUAUGUGAGAUAGUGGUCAAAUCUGAAUUUAAAAGAUGCCGUUAUAAAGUUAGUAGAUAAAAAAUAAUGUGAGAAUGGCGGACGCACUCAUGCUGACGUAUCCUUGGUCUGUUACUCCUUUGUAUUCCCACCUAAAGGCGGCCAUUUUCAUAUUGUUUCUUUAUCUAGGCGCCUAAUAACAUUUUACAUCAAGAGAGUCUUAAGUGUAGUAUUCAAAAUUGCAUACCAAUGCAAUGUUAUUUUUAGUUACACUACAAUUUUAAGUAUUGAUAGAUAGGUGAAUAGCUGAGGUUGCUAUGAACACCGAAAUGCACUCAUUUUGGAGGAAAAGCUGUAAUGUACUUACUUACCUAUAGGAAAAUUACUAUGUGGACACCAGCCCAAACCUUAAUUUAAUAAUCAAAUUACAUAACCGGAUAUUCAUAACAAAAGAGCCGUAAAUGACACUGAUAAAAUGCAUGAUCAUACGAAGGUAAUGUUUGACUUCAUUAACUAGGUACCUACCAUGCAACUGUGCAAGUCUGACGUCAUUGUGAAUUAUUUGUUUAUUUAUAUUGACACCACAACUUUGAACGUAAUUUAUUGUGUCAUUUUGGUUAGAUGCUGCGUGUUUCCCUAAUGUACUAGUUUGGAAUUAAGAUUUAUUGGUAGGUAUAACCUACCUAUAUUAAGUUUGUUUCUAAGUUAUAAUAGUUUCACCAUCACGCAAAAAGCUCAUCUAUAAAAAGCUAUGUAGCCCGUUGUUUUAAAAUCUAGUCCUAAAAUAUUAUGAUUCUUUGCUGAUUAUUAUAGUAUGUAAAACGCUCCUAAUAUGUUUAAAUUAUGUUCAUGUUUAUUAUUAUUUAUACCUAAUUCUAGUAUAUUAAUUAACAUAUUCUAGACCUAGAGUAGAUUAUACACGUGCAGCCGUGCUAAGAAAUUUAUGUAGAGAUGUAGCAUUUGUAUUAGCAGUUUAGACAAACUAGUUUUAUUUAAGUAUGCAUAAAAAGACUGAAUGAUAUUUAAU